AAGCGAUGCAGGAGUGGCGGCAACAUACGACAGAAUCAACCGUACCGCAACGCAGCCCAUCGUCGUCGACGUCGUUCGUCGUUCGUCGUUUUGAGUUGUGUAAAUAUUUCCAAGAUGGACGGUCGCAUAUCCCCCUUGCUCUGCUGCGAGUGCAAGUGUGUUGAUUCGAUUUUCUAGCCCUGUGACAGCAGUUCAUAGAACCCUUUUUUUCUGUGUGGAUUUUGAUUGAUAUCAAUUGGAAAAUAGUGCUUUGACUGGACGGGGCGAAGAAAGCGAUGCGAUUUGGCUCGUACGUUGGUAAAAUUGAGUGUGAAUGGGUGAAAAUUUCGCUAUUGACAGAAGUGGAAACAGUGCCGCAGUGGGUUCGUUCACGCCUAUACGCCACCAGAAGGAAAAUUCGGCCAGGAAUUUAAUCGGAUUUUCAUUUGACACACGGAACAUUCUCAUUUGCGGGCCAGAAACGACGCACAAAUCUGUGUUGAUGUUUUUCUUCUGAUUGAUUGUUAAAGCCUGCUUUAAUUUGGUGUGAUUGUCCUGUCAUUGUCGCCGGAGUGUUUUUCGGAAGUGAAUAAUUUUGUGUGUGUGUGAAUUUUCGUGAAAAACAAAGGCGGAUUCCAAACAGAUGUUCUGAAGCAAAGAACCAAGAGAAUUCCGCGUCGAGAGUGUGCGCCGAGAAGCGGAGAAUAUAAAAUUAACACACAAUCAUCGUCGUUCGGUGGAAAAGAAGUGGUCCUCCCCGGUUCGAUUGAUUGCAAAUUUUGCGCUGUUCGCGGUCGAGAACGCCAAGUGAAAGUAGAUAUAAAAAAAAAUCAAUUUCACACAUAUUUGCCGUGGAGCAGCAGCAGUAGAACGGCGACGACGGAUGCUGCCGCUUGCUUGUCGUGUGGGGAAAAACGGCCGGAAAAUAGGUGUGUUCGUGUGCAUGUGAGAGCAGCAGCAUCGAGGAGUAGAGAAAAUUUUCACUCUGAUGGGCGGGUGAUGUUUCUCCGUUAAAAAUAGAUGAAAGAAGUGAGGAGCUGCUGCAGGAAAUUCUUGUCGUGUGCUUUCCUACAUUGAUUACUGAUGGCCUUUGCUAGCGUUGUGGAGUAAUAUUGACCGAGAAGGAGAUUUUCGUCAACGGGUCCCCGCGGGAAGGUGAUACAAGAGUGAACCAAGCUACCAGUGCCAGGUUUGCUUCCGGAGUGUUUGGUUGUCGAGACCCGGUUGAGUGGUUCGUGGUGAUUUGCAAGGUGCAGGGGAUUCUCGGGUGACAGGCUUGCGGGUGACGGAUCAAGAAGCCUUGAAAACGGAGAAGAGAACCGCACGGUCGAAAGGAAUUCAAGUGGAUCGAAUUGCGGUGCCCUCUGGAAGAGAAUUAGAUCCCAACCGGCAGCAACAAUGUGUCGCUUAAGUGUGAGUGACGCAACCAAGACCGGCAAUCCACAUGACUGGCCUGCAAGGGUUUAGAAACGGUGCCCAUUCCAUCCCGAUAGCUUCCAGCAAGUCCUUCCCUGCCGAAAGCCACCCAAUUGUAUGUCAGUUACUAGUGCGGCGGAAAAAUGAUGAGUCAUUCCGGUGGUAAACACUCUUCCACUACGACGACGACAACGACAUCGUCCUCCGUGGCACUGGCCAACAACCAGCAGGAAACAAGUGGUAGUGGCAUCAUCGUCGCCAGGAUGUCUGAGAAAGUUCGCACCAUUAGCGACAGCGAAUCGGAAAUCAACUACGAUCUCUUCAGCACCAGCGUAACGUCGGACGGUGGAGCAUCGUCAACGUCGGUGAUGACCAGCUCGCAAAUUUCGAACGCUUCCUCCGAUUCGACGCACAUCAAGAGUGCCAACCUGACGCGGUCGCAGAACCUGGGAGGGUCCUGUCGUUUUCCCAAGCUAGAAGAAUGCGCCCACUUCCACUACGAGCGGGUCCAACUGGGCAAGCUGUCCAUCCGGCUGGUAACGGACGAAAAGACCGACUCCCAACUGCAAGGACAAAGCGGCCAGUCGUCCCUGCUAGCCAGUACUGAUCUGAGUAGUUCGCAAACCAGUAACGCUAACGGUAUCACGGUGGGCGGUAGAAGUAAUUGGUUCAUUCUUCGCAUUACGGCUGGCCGGUCGGAUUCGUUCCUGAUAAAGCGAUCCUUCGAAAAUAUGCACUUUCUGGAUGAGUUGCUGCACCGGUGCGUGUACGAUCGACGGGUCAGUGAGUUGGAGGAUCUGAAGGAGAUGGACAUUUCGGAUAAAGGUGAUGACGAUCUGGAGACACUAGUCGCAGUUUACUUCAACAGGCUUUCGGUGAUCGCCUCGGAUGCAAUGACCUGUGGACCGGUAUUGACGUGGUUACAGAUCGAUAACAAAGGUAGACGACUGCCAGUAGCCGAUGAGGAAACGAUGAAAAGUAUCAACACGCCGGCCGUCGGAGCUGCUUACGGUGUUCGGAGAUAUGUAGCACAGGCUUGCGACGAGAUUUCCAUUGAGGUUGGGGAUAUGAUUUCGGUAAUCGAUAUGCCGAGUCCGGCGGAAUCGAUCUGGUGGCGAGGUAAAAAAAGUCACUUGCAGAAGAACCAGUACGAGGUGGGAUUCUUCCCGCAGAGCUGUGUGGCUACGAUCGGAGAUAAAGUUCCACGGCAUAUGCCUUUCCCGGCUCCGCUGGUAGGUUCCUUGGCUGUGUCGCCAACCAAACCGGUUCUCCGGAAACACGGUAAACUGAUAGCUUUCUUCCGGAGCUUUAUCCUAUCGCGGCCUUCCCGUCGACGACUGAAACAGAGUGGAAUCUACAAAGAACGAGUGUUUUCCUGUGACCUAGGCGAGCACCUGCUCAACAGUGGACAAGACAUUCCAAUGGUUCUGAAAUGUUGUGCUGAGUUCAUCGAAGAGUACGGAAUUGUGGAUGGCAUUUACCGAUUGUCGGGUAUUACCUCCAACAUACAGAAGCUAAGACGUGCCUUCGACGAAGAGCGGAUCCCGGACCUGACACAUCCGGAGAUCAAACAGGACAUCCAUGCCGUGAGUUCCUUAUUGAAGAUGUACUUCCGUGAACUGCCAAAUCCGCUUUGUACGUACCAGUUGUACGAUCACUUUGUGGAAGCCAUUCAGACUCGUCUGGACGCACCGACCGAUCUCAAACUUCGCUUAAUUCGACAGACGGUUCAGAAACUGCCACCGCCGCAUUACCGAACGUUGAAGUACCUAGCAACGCAUCUGUUGAAAAUUUCCCGUCAUUCAUCCAGCACCGGCAUGACUGAACGGAACAUUGCCAUCGUAUGGGCACCGAAUCUAUUGCGUUCACCGGCUCUUGAAUCAGGAGGUGUCGCAGCGCUUCGAGGCGUAGGAGUACAGGCCGUGGUGACCGAAUAUCUGAUUAGCAACUGCGAGCAGAUCUUCGACGACAGCGGAGAUGAUUUCGGCAGCCAUUACAUUGAAUCGCAACCGACGUCGCUAAGUGAUUCCAACAGCAUACAGAUUUCGGGCGGUUUGGAUCAGGAUCUGUCACUGUCAAUUGAGCGGCCGAAAAGUCUAAGCGUGGGAGGUGCCAAAUUGUUGACCUUGGAAGAAGCACGUAUCCGUCGGAAUUGUAUGGAGAAUUCCGAGAAGACUAUUCCGAUCAACAUUACCAAUCAGUCGGCGCAUAUCGGUUCAUAUAUCGAGGUGGGUGGUGGACCGUCUAGUUUGCCGGAUAAGUACCACACGGUGCUGCCGGUACCAAGAAGCUGGAAUAAGCGAAAAUCGCACUCAUCGUGGAAGUCCAUCUUUACGCGGCAGCCUCGGCAGUCGAACAGCAAUCAGGACAUCAAAGAGUACAGCAAUCCCAGUACACCGACUGCCAAGGAACCCCCGGUGAUUAUCACCAAUGGGCGGCCACUGAAUGAGGAGCGACCUGCAAAGCCUGACCAGAAUGGUACCAUUAAGGAGAGUAGCAGCGCUCUAGUACAAGACAAGGUGGCAAAGACGGGUGUGGAUCUGUUUGAUGGAAAGUCGCUAACCAUAGAUUCGUGUGCUCGGUCCAACUCGGUUGAUAGCCUGCGGACGACCGGGCACAGUCGAUCGGUGUCGCAUGAUUCGUACUUUGAUUUGCUGCAGUCACCCCUUCGAGGUGGUGUGGUGACCUGUCCGAGCCGGGAGCUAUCCGAGCUGGGGUUGAACUUUGAUCGAGAGGAACCGGAGAUGAGGAUUUUCUCCGAGAGCGAAAGCUUGGUCAGUAGUCCCAAGGUGGCGAAGGAGUCCAUUCGGCGUACACUGCGGGCCCGCCCAGAAGAGUACACCAGUGGAGGCAACAGUGUAAAUCCUAGUCCCAAAAAGCAGCCGCGGUUGAAUAUUCAGAGUCCUUCGGAUGCCCACAAACCACAAUGGAUGGUAGCGUCCGCCGCUACAGGUUCUCUGAAUCCUGACGAAAGUCUCUGCAAGCGCUACAAGCUGGAAGAUCAACUAAACGAUAUCCAGUUUAUCGAUUGCAACACGCCGGAACACAAUGUGUCCGGUGGAGGAUCUUCGCUGAACAGCAACACCAUCUUCACCAGUGCUCAGGUUCACAAACCUCCACUGCAGGAGGACUCCGAUGACGAGAAUGAACUGAUUGGAAUUAGGAAUUCCUAUCCGGGGCCGCAGUAUAGUUACGUGAAGUACGAUUCUCCCAUCAAGGAGACCCGGUUCAGCUACCCGGGAAUGAGUGCCAAAAAUAAGGAAUGCAACCAUGCUCUUAAAGAGCAGGAAAUGAGUGUAGACGAUCAACAGCAUACCCAUCUGCAGAAGAACGGAUCAUCGCUGUAUGAGAGUUUCAUUCUGUCCAGCCAGGCAUCUUCAAAGCCGCCAAAGUAUCCUGGUCGUUAUAGCUACUACCAGGCGAGCAGUGGGGCAACGGAAGCUGGUAACGACGAGGGAAGAGACGAUGAGCUGCAGGUCGUCCCGAGAAGCUGUUCCGAGAAUGUGAUAAGGAAGAGUGACACCCAGAAAAGUAAGUUGAGUGUGAUGACUCCGCAGUCACCGGUUCAGAGUCCUUGCUAUUCGUUGCUGGUGGGCUCGACGACGAGUUCGGAUAAUAGCAGCAAUAUGAACACUCCGGUGUACGAUAUGGACGUAGUGGCCGCGAUCGGUCAGCAUCAGCAACAACAGCAGCAGCAACAGCCAUUAGAGAAAACCAAAGAAGAAACGGAGCUGAGAGAUAUAAAGGCAUUGAAGCGUGAAUUGUCGCUGGAUUUGAGUGAAGUUGGUGUGAAAGUCGCUUCCGGAAAACAGUUGACCACGAAGAAAAACUCCUCCCCGAAUACUCCCUCAAAUUUUGCGUCGGAUAAUACGACUAACACGACUACCACCAGUCAAUCGAUGACACCGAGCGAGUUUUGCUAUCACAAUCUUAAUCCGGAACUGUCCCCCGGUGAGCUAGCAACGUUCGCACAAAAAGUAGCUCCGGCUAACAAACCGGGAACGCCAAUCAAGGCGACCAUCAACAUUACGUAUAACGUAAGAUCUCCGGUCCGGAAAGAGCAGGAAGAAAGUAUCUUCCGAUCGUCGCCAGUGAAUUCUGGCGGCUCGAUUACUCCGAUCUCUCCGAAAAAGAUGGAACAAGAGGACGAACACCAGAAACCGUCGGAAGCGGAUUUGCUAGAGGAGGAAGAGUAUCUUCGGGAGAGGAGGAGUAUUUACGAAAACGUUUUGGUGACUCCAAUUGAGUCGCAGACAGCGAAGGACACCAAGAGGCUGUUGGAGACUAAUUUUGACGAAACGAUGGUCUACGAACAGGUUAAAUUCUACAAGAAUGCCGUAUUGCAGGUGAAUGAAUUGCUGGGUGGGGAAGGAGAAAGAACCCAUAAUGAUCUGGCCGACGAAGAGCUGGCAUCCUCCAAAUUGGUGGAUCUCUCGAUCAGCGAAGACGAAGCGAAAGUACCUGAAUUAGACUCGUUAGGCCAAAAAUCAAAAGUCAAGCUGAAAAUCAAAGAGGAUGAAGAUGACGAAGAGGACGAGGAUGAGAACACCGACGGAAUUAACAACAACAAACGAGACUCGAGGAUAGGAACGGAUUCUUCACAUUCGGAGAUCAAAGAGAAGCCGGAUUUCGCUAUGACCAGCAAGAGUGAAGAAGAAAGCGAUGACGUUCCGAUGUCCGAUGUCAACGAUGAUAGUUUGGAGUUUGACAAUACGGAUGUAUCUUUGUAUGAAAAUGUAGAGCUCCGCAAGAAACCGUUUGCUCCGGUGUAUGAAAACAUGAUUCCCGGUCCAAUUGGAACGGCAACUUCGACGCUCAAGUCACUUCAGACUACGGACGAUGAAUUCUCGUCUCUUUGUGCCGACCGUAGCGAUCUGGACAACGAAAUGGAAUAUCGGAUCGAAAUUCCCCCUAAGAUCGAGCUCAAACCUACUACUAACAAUAUCAGCGUCAAACAGCUAGCCACCAAGUUCGAAACUAGUCCUGUCGAUGUAAACCCGCCAUUCGACUUCCAUCACCAGUCCAAACUGAAUAACAAUCGAGGAAGUGCUGGUCCCGUCGUAACGAUCCGCAACAAAUCCGCAAAAGAUUAUCAAAAUCUCACCAACAUCACUCGCAGUCUGGACGAGAAUGCAUUCGUCCGGGAGUUUGGCAGCGCUCGCAAACUGGAAAGCUUCAACAAGAGCAUCCAGCAGAUCCCCGAAAUCGACAACAUCCUCAACGAGAACAACCCGAACCGACGCAAGUCGUUGGAUUUCACCAGACCAAAGAGCCUAAAUCCUCCGAAGAAACUACCCUCGCUGGUCGGGAAAGGCAUCGAGAAUUUUGAGGAUGCAACCAACACGUCCCACGAUUGCUGCCGACAGCAGCAUCUUCACCAUCACCACCACCACCAUCACCACAACCAACAGCAAAAAACUUCCCCACCGUCGGAUCUCAAGCUGGAUCUUUCGACCAAGAUCGAAGACACCAAAGAAGCCCGAGCGUACAACGUGCGGAUCACACCUACCACCGAGAACCGAAUCUCUCUCGUCCAGUACAACUACGAUAACCGACUGAACCGGAAAGAUAACCAGCUACUACAACAACAACAGCAGCAGCAACAACAGGAGGAGGACCGUAACAGUAUAACGAGCAUUUCCAGCCUAAAAAUGCUCGGAAGCUGCAAGCUGGACCGCAGUCGGAUCGAGAAAAUCAAAGAAGAACGUCGCCACCAGCUGAGCGAAAAGUAUCGCUCGGAAUCGUUCAAAGGUGAACGGAGCGAUUACAGUAAGCUAAAAUCAAAAUCUAAAUCGGAACUGCGAGACUUCAAAGAUUCGGACACGAUCGAUCCAGGCAAAAAGUACGACUCCCUACGCUUCCGCUCGAAAUCCCGCAUCGAACUGUCCGACCAACCGUACAACCUGGCCCACAACCUUUCAUCGGCGGUUUCCCUAAACACUGUAGCCACUCCUCUGAUGGUCGUGGGUGGUCGAACGCGUCGGAUAAGUGACGAAAAGAACCAGAACGAUUGUAUCGCUUCUUGCUCCCCGCCCCGAAUGACGACGGCCGCCAGUAAUACUACUGGAGGCGGUAGCAACAUUCCACCGGAUGCCAGCAUAUCGCAGGUUUGUGAUAGUAAAUUUGAGUUGAAAACUCGACAGAAGUUUGACAAGCGGGGAAGCACCAGCAGUGUGACGGAUUAUCCUGUGACCACGACGACGACGACAACGGCGUCCGGUGCCACAGUGAUUGGGCUACGGGAACGGGACAGCUUCAACGGCGUAACGGCCAAAAGUUUUGCGCGGAAUGGUUCCAGCGGAGCACAACGAGAUCGAUUUUCUCCGCAAAUUUCCAUCAAGGACGUCGCAGCCAUGUUCGAGUCACGGUCGCAAAAUCAAUCGUAAUGAGGAGGACGUCCCAUGCCGCCGCUACCUGGGCCAUACAAAAUUGUUUUGUGAAAAUAAAUCUUCGUCCCCGUGUUUCUACCUGCCGACCAACACACUAAGAGCUGCGAAAUAAAAAUAACCGCUGUUUUGUUUUUAAUUGGUAAAACUGAAAACUCUAUGAGAAAAGAAUCAAACUUGUUCGCAA